UUCCUCUUCUUUGGUUAGAAAUCAGAUAUUCCCUCCGCAAAAUCUCCCGAUUCUUCCUCUCCGUCCGCCAGGCCGCUCGCCUCCCUUACUUUAUUUAGGGCGGGGCAGGUUAAGGAGAGAUGGGAGUUCUCUCUUCAAUCGAAGAAGAGAGGCGGAAGGAGGGAUCAGGAUGUUGGCCGGAUGUUGUUUCUUGUACCACGGUGGAGCGGUCAGUAUUCUGGGCUGAUACGGUUGGAUCUACCUACAUUUUCUCAAAGCUCAAAAAGUUGGGAGAAGCAUAUGGCGGAUUCUGUACUCCAUCCAAGUACUUGGAAGAAAGAGCUGCAGAACGCCUUCCACUGCAGCUCAAGCAAAUUCAAGUACACAUAGACGAUACAAGACACGGGUUGUGGCAUACAUGAAGUUCACAACAGAAGAUCAUAAAUCACAAUGUUAUUAGAAUUAUCAAAUUUACAAGAUGGAUACAACACAAAUGAACUACUCUCUCAUUUGGUUAAGCUCUGUAUCAAAGGGUAACAACUUGAAUAAAAAUUAAAUAUUGAAUAUCUUCAUAAUAUAUAGAAGUUAUUCAUCUAUACUGCCCUUGAAAUAUCGCCAGUGUAUAACAUGAAUGGUAGAGUGCAAACAAAUAUUCCGCUAAUUGCAUGCUAUC